AUGUCUAGAUCACCACCCACCAUAGUAAAUGAAUUUGUUAAGAAUGCUCUAAUUUGUUAUGAAGAGUGUAUGGUUAGUAGUCUAGUGAAAGAUUUUGGAUUUUCUUCUUGUUCGGAAAUGUUAUUACCAUCUUCUAAUGAGGAACUGAGGACACUUCUUUCUGUUUGUGUAUACAAAAACAUUCAGUUUCCCAAUCGUAUGUUCAAUGACUUUCUUAAGGUGAUGUUCUCCAAUAGAGAAGAGAAAAAUGAGCUUUUAGAGGCUUUAGUCAUUAGCUACAAAGAUAUCCACAUUCCAAAAUUCUCACAGCCAAUACAUCUUUUAUGGGGUGGAGAAGAUAUCAUUUUCAAACCGGAGGUUGCACACAAAAUAAAAGAGAGGCUAGGAAAUAAUGCAACAAUUGAAAUAAUAAAGAAGGCUGGCCACAUGGUUAAUGUAGAGCGACCAUGUAUUUACAAUAGGUGCCUAAAGAAGUUUCUCUCUUCUGUUAUGAUUGAUCAGAGAAAAUAAUCCUAGCCACAUCUAUGAAUAUGUCAAGAGUGUGUUUGAUAAGUACUUAAUUAAUAAGUUAUUUUAGGGACUCUAAUAAGCUCAAGUUGUUAUUUUGCAAC